AGAAGCUGCAAAAUUUCCUAAUUUAUCACAAAAAUAGAAGUUUUUUUCUUUCUUAAAUAAAGCAAUUUGAAAUCAGAUUUUUCCAAACCAAAAUAAAUAUCUUCUACUCAGAGAGAGAGAGAGAGAGAGGAACUGUGAUCGAUGGCUGAAGAGGAGAUGGUGGCCGAUGAAGCAGUUACAGCUCCGCCUCGUAAGGUGCUCCUCAUAUCCGCCGGUGCUAGUCACUCCGUCGCUCUACUCACUGGGGAUGUUGUUUGCUCAUGGGGUAGAGGAGAGGAUGGACAAUUAGGUCACGGAGAUGCGGAGGAUCGACCUUCUCCUACGCAGCUAAGCGCCUUGGAUGACCACCAAAUCGUUUCCGUUACCUGUGGUGCUGACCACACGGUUGCUUAUUCAGAGUCACGCUCGGAGGUCUACAGUUGGGGAUGGGGUGAUUUUGGGAGAUUAGGACAUGGGAAUUCCAGCGACUUGUUUACUCCGCUGCCAAUCAAAGCAUUGCAUGGUGUUCGGAUAAAGCAGAUUGCUUGUGGGGAUAGUCAUUGUUUGGCUGUGACUAUGGAAGGAGAGGUGCAAAGCUGGGGGCGCAACCAGAAUGGUCAACUUGGUCUGGGGGACACUGAAGAUUCUCUAGUUCCUCGGAAGAUUCAAGCCUUUGAGGGAAUACGAAUCAAAAUGGUUGCUGCUGGUGCAGAACACACUGCUGCGGUUACAGAAGAUGGUGAUCUUUAUGGAUGGGGAUGGGGAAGAUAUGGAAAUUUGGGAUUAGGUGACCGGAAUGACCGCUUGGUUCCUGAAAGGGUUGCCUCUGCUGGUGCUGAGAAGAUGUCGAUGGUUGCUUGUGGAUGGAGGCACACGAUAUCAGUUUCUUACUCUGGAGCAUUAUAUACUUAUGGAUGGAGCAAAUAUGGACAGCUAGGACAUGGUGACUUAGAGGAUCACCUUAUUCCUCACAAACUGGAAGCGCUGGGCAACAAUGUUAUCUCCCAGAUUUCUGGAGGUUGGAGACAUACAAUGGCAUUGACUUCUGAUGGAAAACUAUAUGGAUGGGGUUGGAAUAAGUUUGGGCAAGUAGGAGUGGGAGAUAAUAUAGAUCAGUGUUCUCCUGUGCAAGUGCGGUUUCCCGAUGAUCAGAAAGUAGUUCAAGUCUCAUGUGGAUGGAGACAUACCUUGGCUGUGACUGAAAGAAACAAUGUGUUUGCUUGGGGAAGAGGUACAAAUGGACAGCUCGGCAUUGGAGAGUCGCUUGACAGGAAUUCCCCCAAGAUUAUAGAAGCACUCAGCGUGGAUGGAGCAAGUGGACAACAGAUAGAAUCUUCUAAUUUCGAUCCAGCUUCAGGGAAAAGCUGGGUGUCACCAUCAGAGAGAUAUGCGGUUGUUCCUGAUGAAACUGUAAAUGGUUCAAAGGAAGGCAAUGGUGGUGAUAUCAGCGUACCACAAACUGAUGCUAAGCGUGUACGAAUCUGAGUUCAGACAAGUAGUCGUCGUGUUUGGUUUGGUCUUGGAGCGUUUAUCAAUCAUCUCUUUUGGGGUUUUAAGGUUUGUUUGUACUAGUACGUCUGUCAAGUUCGGGAUUUGCUUUUUUUUUGUAUUUUGUAACUUUCUACUCUAGAGUGUUUAUUUCGCCAAGUAAUUAAAGAAGAAAUAAAGAAUAAAAUCUGCAUUAUGAAA